AUGGUUUUGGAAACAGUAGUUGUAAACUUAUGUCAAGUAGCUGACUCAAAUCAUGGAACCGAGGUUACACAAGCUUUACAGUCGUUCUCUUCAAUUGAAAUUGAUCAUACUGUUAGCAAUUUAUCAAUCAGUGCAUCAACAUCAUUGGAUUUAGCAGAUCUACAAACAAACGUUACAUCAAUGAACAACAAUACUGGAUCACUUGCAAAUGAGGAAAAGAAUAUUGAAGAUGUAGCAACAAAUUCGAUUUCUGAUGACGACCCAAACGAAUAUGUUUAUGAUGACAAUUCGGAUCAAGGUUCUGUUAAUGAAGAAAUAACCGACGAUAAUGAUGAGGAAGAAUCGUUAUUUGAUAUAGACAAGGAUUAUAUAAAUCGUAAUCUUACACUAACAGAAAUUGCAAUCGCCCUCUUGUUACUUAAAUCACGCCAUUCACUCACAAAUACCUGUGUAUCAAACAUGUGUAGACUGUUGAAACUCUUACGGGUUCCGAAUUCUCCAUCUGAUUUUCGUCAUGUUCGCUCUCUCAUAUGCAGCCAGAACAAAUCAAGUAUUUUUGGAGAUGCAUUGAUUACUUGUUCAUCAUGUCAUAAAAUGUCGACUGAUCCUAUACGAUGUUCAACAACAAUCGAUUGUAUUAAUAAGGACAAAUUUGUCACCAAUCCAACUAUCAAUCACGUUCUUCGCGUAGAACCUCAAAUUCGAUCGAUAAUCGAAAGAAAUCAUCUUACAAAACCAAAUAAAGAUAAAAAUGUAAUUCAUGAUACGAUUGAUGCUCCAUUGUAUCGAAAAAUUAUUAAUGAUGAAUCAGGUCCAAUAAUCACACUUUUGAUGAAUUCAGAUGGAGCUGUUGUUAAAUCUAUAUCUCGGUCAGUGUGGAUUACAACAUUUGUAAUCAAUGAGCUAUCACCUUCGGUUCGUUUCAAACGCGAAAAUAUCAUAAUUGGAAUGCUGUCCAUGGGUUCCGUGAAACCCAAGAAGGAUGAGAUGCAAUUACUCUUGAAACAUCUUGUAAAAGAGCUGGUACAUCUGGAACGAGUUGGUCUUCGAUAUACACCUUUUAAUUCACCUGACUAUGUUGAUCAAAUUGCUCGUGUAUUCGUCAUAGCAGCGACAUGCGAUAAACCAGCUGCAAGUUUACUUAUCAAUCAUACUGAAGCUGGCGGUUAUUAUGGCUGCACCAGUUGUGAAAAUGUCAAAAUAGGUGCUGGUAAUGCUCGAGUUUUUGUGAAUAGUAACAAUGAUGAUAUUGAAUUACGAUCCAACGACACAUAUGAUGCUGCUUUAACGCUAUUACAGAAAUAUUCGACAAAACAAAAACGUGCUUCGAUCACAUCUAUUAAUAGUGGUUUAGAAGGGUUGCGUGGUCCAUGCAUUCUUCGAGAAUUAAAAUACUUCGAUGUUUAUCAAUCUUUCUUAUCUGAUACACUUCAUACACUUUAUGAAGGUGCAAUGGCUCGAAUGUUGCACAUUUUUUUUGACAAUGUUUCGCUGAAAACUGGAAUCACUCGAGAAAUGAGUAUCCGAGGUGCUGUUGAUGCUGUAUCAGCAAUACUUAAAACCUCAUUGACUCGAUUAAUUCAUAAUGGAAAUGCUCCAACAGUAGAAUUACUAAACAGCUUAGAUCUAUUACAACAAACAUGGCUAGCCACAUCUGAUCCAUCGCUGCCAUCUGAGCUGAAAAUAUUUGAUCAAAUGAUUAAUGCUAGUCUGAGAUACGCAAUUCCUUCAAGAGUGUCUUACCGAAAUCAAAACACAGUUCGACUUCACACAAAGGUUCAUCUGGGUUCAUUGGCUCCUGAUGUUAAAAGCUUCGUGAUUAAAUACACUGCUCAACGAACAUACAAUCUAUUUAAAACAACUUUUUAUGAGCAACAGCGAUUUUCAUCUGAUCGUGUUGAUAUUUUUCAUCGGACACAUGACGGAUGCUUAAUGUACAAGAAAAAUAAUUUACCAGCAAUUGGUUUCUUAGAAACAAUUAUUUCCUUUGGUAAUGAUCAUGAACCAGUUCUGAUUAUUCGACCGGUCAGUUUAAUUUCAACAGCAGACUCUAUGUCAAUACAUGGUCGAAUAUAUAGAUGUACUAAUGUACUGUAUGGAACAUAUCAUAGAACAACAAUUGAAAUAACUAAUUUACAAUCAAUCGUUCAAAAACUUGCUUUUCGACCCGGAACUGAUGUUAAAUUUCCUUCUGUUCAUAAAUCCAUGUUUUUUUUUCAGUAUCCUAAUCGAAGUGGGAGCACUUAG